AUGACUCUUUGCCAGGGAUCCGGCGACUGGGCGCCCGGCGCCACGUCAUGCCUUGAACCUUCCCACUCACAUUCCGCCCUUACUGCGCGACCCUCCUCCUCGCUACUCACCCGCGGCGGACCCAAACGCGCUCAAGUAAAUGAACGCGCGCUCGCCGUACCGAGCACCCCAAGUUCGCCAUGCGCCGCGCUCGCGCUCGCGCAGCUCCUCACAGACAACGAGGCCGCGAAGACGCGCGUCUUCUGGGAGGUCAAGAACGUCGCAACGGAGAGGUUCAUCGACGUGUACGACGAGGCGGACAUGCCCGCGGAGAAGCUCGAUGACAAGGCGCGUGAGCACAUGAGUGACGCGAGCGAGGCGUGGGCGCGCGUGCGCGAUGUGCUCGCGCAGCUCAACCAGGAGAUCAUUGUCCCGUACACUCUCGGCGACCAGCUCUCUCUCGCAGACCUGCACCUCGCCGCAUGACUCGCGUGGCUCAUCACCCUCGCAGGCGGGACGCUCGCCGACGAUGGCACGGUAGCGAUCGGGAAGCUUCAGGCGCACGUCGGCGAGCCUGGCGGCGGGCGGGUUUACGCUCGUGAAGGAU